AAAAACCAAACUUCACUCUCCUCUCCACCUCCAUCAUCAUGUCAGGCAAAGAUUACUACGGUGGUGGACAAUCGCAAUACUACCCUCCUCAAGGACCUCCGCCCGGUCAGGGGGGAUACUAUCCCCAGCAGCCUCAGCAAUCGUACCAAGGUCCAGGUGGUUAUCCUCAACAGCCUCCCUAUGGUGGUCAACCCGGCUACCAACCCCAGCCUCCUCCGCAGACUGUCUAUGUACAACAACCCGGUCAGAGGUCUGAUUCUGGAACUGGGUGUUUGGCCUGCUUAGCUGGUGCAUGUCUCUGCUGCUGUGCGGAAGAGAUGUUAUGCGACUGCCUAUUUUAGUUCUCAAGUUGCGUGGGCCGAGAACGGGAGCUGGUUUUCGUUAUGGAUUCUUUUUCAUACCAUCAUGCGCUUGGCUCGAUGUGGCUUGGAACGUUUUAAUGCGUUACCGUCGUUUCACUGUUUGUAUCAUCGGCUAGAAAGCUUCAAAUGACCGGACGAUUCACGACUAUUUCUUGAAAUUGUGAUGAAAAGUAUGGCCUAUUAGCAUGAUGUCCGACUUGUAAUCUACGCCAGAGCAUCCUUGUAUAGCCUACAAAGUGACGAAUGUCAGUUCUACCAUUGGUCGUCGGGCGGGAUGAGUUCCCGGUUCGUUCCGUGUCAC